CUUUUGUAAGUUCUGAGCUAUUUCAGUGAUCGUUGUGUGUUGAUGGAAGGAGACGAGGAGAGAGACGAACCAGGAUCGACCCGUACGGCUUCCAGAGGAGCCAGGACUUCGAGCCGUACAAAGAGAUGAUGCACGAGUACGUGUCGGUCCUGGAGAGACGGUCUGAGAGGUGGUCCAAGCUGCUGCAGGACAGGCCCGGCGUGGAGAAGAACCUCACAGUGAAGCGGUUUGUGCGUAAAGGCGUUCCCAACGAGCACCGGGCCCGGAUCUGGAUGGCAGCCAGCGGCGCCCAGGAGCAACUGGACCUGAACCCGGGUCAUUACCGGGCCCUGCUGGCGACGGAGCCCGACGCCAGGCUGCGGGAAACCAUCCACACAGACCUGCAUCGGACCUUCCCCGACAACAUCUUCUUCCAGACCCGAGCGGAACCGGGCCUGCAGGAGGCGCUGUUCAGGGUUCUGCUGGCCUACGGGCUCCACAACAAGGCGGUGGGGUACUGUCAGGGGAUGAAUUUCAUUGCGGGUUACCUCAUCAUCAUCACCAAAGACGAGGAGCAGUCGUUCUGGCUCCUGGACGCGCUGCUGGGCAGGAUCCUCCCAGACUACUACAGCCCCGCCAUGCUGGGGCUGAAGGCCGACCAGGACGUGCUCGGGGAGCUGGUGAAGGCCAAGGCCCCGGCCGUGGGCCAGCUCAUGGCCCAGUACCCCGGCAUAUGGACCCUGGUGGCGUCACGCUGGUUCAUCUGUCUCUACAUCGACAUCCUCCCCAUCGAGACGGUUCUGCGGGUCUGGGAUUGUCUUUUCUACGAGGGAUCCAAGGUCCUGUUCCGGGUGGCUCUGACCCUCGUCCUGCACCACCAGGCGGAGAUCCUGCGAUGCCGCUCCCUACCCGACGUGUGCGAGUGCUUCAGGCAGAUCAGCUCGGGGGCCUUCACCCUGGACUGCCACACCUUCAUGCAGCGGAUCUUUACGGAACCCGGCAGUCUGUCGAUGGCGACUAUCGAUAAACUGAGAGACAAAUGCAGACGACAAAUCCUGGAGGAGGAAUCGAGAUGACCCACAAAGUUCAACGUCCACUUCAACCCCAGAAAUAGAAAAUAAAUAAAAUCUGUCCCGCCUGUUUUUUUGUUUUGUCUUUUUGAUAUU